AUGGAUCCAUGGAACUUGGACAGUGUUUGCUAUCUCUGUGACGAUGAUACAUGUACAGAUACAUGGCUUGUCAUCGUCACAGAGGAGAACGGUUACCGGUCUAAGUGUUUUGAUAGAGGUGAACUCGGCAUCGUGACUGCUGCCGAUACGGCUCUCUUCCUUCCACCAAUGCUUCCGUCCAGACUCUACCGAAAUUUGGGUAUCCCACCUCCCCUCAGGGCUCUAAUUACCCCUCAUCCCUCCUUGCCUGCGACUGUCAAAGUUCAGUUGCGCCUCCGACUGGGUAUAUUUAACCACAGAACAAUCUCAACAUCUGGUAUAGGAAGACGAGAUCUCAGCACUUCCACCUGUGUCCAACAACACUCUUCUUCAAGUUCAGAAUCACAGUCACAAUCAGAACCGCCGUCGUCAUCGACUAUCGAACUUGGUGAUGGAGAGUCCCCAACGAGCUCAAACUCUGCUGACUUGACGACAUCUCAAGUUCUUCCCGAGAGUAUACAGCCCAAACUAUCAAUGACAUUCACUUGUACAGUGGAGGGCUGCGGGACACGGUCAACGCAUGAGUUUUCGAAGCGGUCGUAUGAGAGAGGGAUCGUUCUUGUACAAUGCCCGGGGUGUGAGAAUAGACAUCUAAUAGCAGACCAUUUGGGGUGGUUCAAAGAAAGUACCGAAGAUGGGAAAUUACGAACUGUUGAAGACCUUUUACGAGCCAAAGGAGAGAAAGUCAAACGAGGAAAGCUCAACGCAGACGGGGACAUUGAAUAUGUCGAGUAGUUCAAACUGAAGUCAAGAGGUGUAGAAGUGGGUAGGAUUAUAGCCUUUUAUUUGGCUAAAGCAUCUCGAAAGCAUAAAAAUCCCACCAGUCU